AUGGUACAAUUGGCUUUGAAACCUAAACAGACUCGAGCACACAUUACACAAGGAAAACUCGACGAAGAACGAAGGGAUGCUCGGGAAGGUUAUUGCUCAAGAUGUCGUCGAAAGAAGAGGAGUUCGCUUGUUUCUCUGACGGAAACGCAUGAGAGUAAAAAACCCAUGGCGAAAGAAAUACAGUCGCAGAAUGUCAUCGAUGCAAGAACAGCUGUUGUACAGACUCGGAGGAAUAGCCCAAGGAAAGCUGUGCAAGAUGUCUCGAAUCACAAGAUCACGGACUUCUUCCUUGUUCUCCAAAGUUCCCGAAAAACAGGCAAACAGUUGGAGGAAGAAAAGAACUGCCAAAUCAUUUGUGAAAAUGACUUUGUUAUUGAGUACAAAGGAGAUAUGAUGGACUACAACUCAGCGAAGCUUCGCGAAGAAGAAUAUGCAAAAGAUCCAACCAUUGGUUCUUACAUGUACUUCUUCAGAUACAAAUGUAAAAGAUGGUAUGUGGACGCUACGAAAGAGUCAGUUUAUAAGAGUCAACUCAUCAACCAAAGUGCCCUCCGUCCUAAUUUGCCCACGGAAUUCUUAUGCUGUGAGAUGCCGGGUCGCUAG